CGCUAAACUCGCUUUCCACCGCUGAUACAUCAUCGAAAUGCCUCUCAAGUGACGUCCGCAAUGCCACCCACAGACCCCAUCAUCCCCGCCCGCCGACGCGUCUUCGAGUCUGUGUUUUCCCCCGCGUCGCUCGAAGACUUCACCACGAACAGAUCGGCGAUCGGACCGACGAGCUCCUCCCCAUUCUCUUCCAAGUCGAAUCACUCACAACCCCGGGCCCAGUAUGCAGGGCACCGCCGCUCCCGCUCGUCUACAGCAUCCCACUUGACCGACCCCGCGAGCACAGGCGACGAACCGUGGCACGACCAGGCCACCUGGGACCGAGCAUGGCGGACGGCGAUCAAGUUCUUGUCGGUCCCGGACCGAGAACUGGACAUACAGGCGCUGGGAGAUGAUAUUGAGGAGACGAGACUUCUACGACACUUCAAUCGACACACGCGGCCAUCGAAAGAUGUCAGUGCUGCACUGGCGUUCUUGACUGCUCCUUUGUCGCAAGGGGGGCCGGACGCUGCUCAACGGAAUAUUAUCGAUUGGUACGGGUACGAGAUACGGGGACACUUUUUAAAGAACUUCCGAGGAAGCUUACACACGCUUUUGAACCACCCCGAGAAGGACCAACUACUGCAGAAGAUCGUUCACUGCUUGCAAUUCGCUCGGAAGAUCUACUUCUCCCAGCUCGUGGAAUAUGUGCUACCGCUGCUGAGUGCAGGGGGAGAAGAGCGGGCGUUUAUGAAACUGCGCCGUGGAUUCCAUAUGAUGGUGGCAUAUGCGCUGCCGUGGCCCCAGUUUUCGGUAGUGCUUACGCGCGAGCUCGCUAGAGAUUCUUUGACGAUACUGGGGAUAGAUACCUUGACUGAGGAGAUUUUCGAGGAUGCACUUAGUGUCGAGAACAUGGAGAUCGAUCAUCAGUACUCCGUGUCGUACCAAGAUUGGCGGGAUGCCCCGUCCGAUGAGUUUCGGCUACAGAUGAUGUCCGACGAGGGAGAGACCCGCGUGGCGGCUGCUCGGGAAAGAUUAUUGUCAUUACUGCAUGGUCUGCAGCUCGUGGGGCUAGGAGGGGAGAAAGCGCAAAAGGUUUUCGCCGGUGUGAUGAAUGCCAUGAUGUCGGAGUUUAUCAGGGCGGCGUACGCAAACCAGUGGGAAGGACCGUCCUUGGCAUCAUCACAUCUGCGCCAUUGGAUCGAGAACGUAUUUGCGCGGCUGGUGGUUCAGGUCCUGUCUGUCAUCAAUGUCCCAGAGUCUGGGCAGAAAGAGCCCGAUCAGCUUGACGUGAGCCUCAAUGACGUAGAAAAGUGGCAGGAGGUCGGGAUAUCGCGACUCGGGGCCCUGCGUACGAGCGAGCUUUUCGAUGUGAUCGUGGAAUGGCCCGCGAGCAGUGGUGCCAUUGAAGAUCUCCGUCAUUUCAUCACAUAUCCGGCAGCGCGAUCCCACCUAACGCAUUCGUUUGUCGCGACGCUCAACCGCAGGCUACUACACCCGGGUGCUUCGACUGUUGAGAUCUUGCAGGUCUACAUUUCCAUCAUUCGAUCUUUCAACUUGCUUGAUCCCAAGGGCGUCCUCCUCGACCGGAUUGCGAGACCAAUCCGCCGGUAUCUGCGGGAUCGCGACGAUACGGUCCGGGUGAUUGUUGGCGGUCUCUUGGCUGAUCCGACGGAUGUAGAUGCACAGGCCUCAUCGAGCGGAGAUAAGCUAGUUGAGCUGUCAGCAGAACUAACCAAAGCGCACCAAAAUUCGCUGCGUGGUGAGAAAGGAGAAUUAGACUGGGACGACAUGAACUGGGUGCCUGAUCCAGUUGACGCUGCACCCGAUUAUCGCAAAUCGAAGACGUCGGACGUCAUCGGCAGUCUGAUCAGUCUCUUCGAUUCGAAGGAGAUGUUCGUCAAAGAGAUGCAGAAUAUGCUGGCCGACCGGCUACUGCAAAAACGUGCCGACUACGACCAGGAAAUGUCAGUCCUGGAGCUGCUCAAGCUCCGGUUCGGCGACAAUGCUCUGCAGGCGUGCGAGGUCAUGCUGCGCGAUAUCUUCGACUCGCGACGAGUCGACGCCGUGGUGCGAAACGACCAGGGGCUUGCGAGGAAACAGUCUGCCGCGACGCCGUCGACUCCAGCCCAGGGUGCGAAGCGCCCAGCCGGGAGGGACAUUCCGGACCUGCAUGCCAAGAUCCUGUCACAUUUCUUCUGGCCCGAGAUCCAAGAGCAAGAGUUCCACGUGCCGGAGGACAUCGUGCAGCUGCAGAAACGUUACGCGGCCGGGUUUGGCUCGUUGAAGCAAUCGCGGAAACUGACAUGGCUCAACGGACUCGGCCAGGUGACCGUCGAGCUGGACCUCGAAGACCGAGUGUUCGUCAACGAAGUCACGACGUGGCAAGCGACCGUCAUCUACGCCUUCCAGUCACCAUCAGAGGACUCGAUCUCGCUCACCAUCGAGGACCUCGCCGCGCAGCUAUCCAUGUCGCCGUCACUAGUGCGCAGUGCCUGCUUGUUCUGGGUCAGCAAACGCAUCCUCAUCGAGGGACCACGAGACACCUACCGCGUACUGGAAGUACUCCCCAACGAAGGCGACGAGACAACCGCCUCCGGAAGCGCAGACAUCCCCGGCGCCGACGACGACGGAACCGCAUCCGCCGACGCAGCGCAAGCAGCCGCAGCCGCCGAUGCGGCCGCGGCCGCGGCCGCCAAGGAAUCGGCCGAAGCGGCAGCCAUGGAAAAGAUGAACCUUUACUGGCAAUUUAUUGUGGGGAUGCUGACUAACCAGGGGGCGAUGCCGCUGCAGCGGAUCGUGAUGAUGCUGAAGAUCGCGGUGCCCGGAGGGUUUCCAUUCAGCAAUGAAGAGUUGCGCGAGUUCCUGGCGGGGAUGGUGUCCCGGGGGAAGCUGGAGAUAGUCAGUGGGGGGAGUUAUAAGAUCGUGCAGUGAUGCAUGCAUGCUAUGCUAAUA